AUCUAGAUUGUUCUCUGCAAGAGCUUAGCGUCUGUUGAAGUGAUAUUUUGUUCAGUUUCUCUCCAGAUCUCAUCUCUACUUCGAAGAUAAGACAUGGCUUCCUCAAACUUCCUUGUUUACGCGCUGGUCGCUUUGGCAGUGGUUGGAUCUGCUUUAGGUCAGUCUCCGGCAGCCUCUCCGACGUCUGCGCCGAAGAAAGCUUCCACUCCAGUUGUAUCUCCGGCCGCCACUCCGACGUCUUCGUCUGCGACGCCUCCUACCGCAUCUACUCCUACUCAGUCCCCUCCAGUCACCGCGUCACCACAGUCCUCUCCGCCGUCCCCUGCCAUCGCUUCUGCUCCCACCACGGGCCUGGGUCCAAGCGGUGUAACUCCUUCAACGAUCGCAUCUCCUAGCGGUUCACCUGCUCUCGCGCCGGGUGCUAACAGCGCUCCCGCUUUGAACAGAGUCGCACUUGCCGGAUCUGCAGCGGCAGCUUUCCUCGCCGCCUCACUGCUGUUCUAAACUCCCAGAUCUGCGGGAUGACGGAGCCUCCUGUCACGUUCGCUGGAUCUGACGAUUUAGGCUUUUUUCACUUAGCUACAUGUUUUUGUUUUUUGUUUCACUUGCGUUUAUUGCUCCGGCUUUGAGCGGUGGCGGUGUUUAUCGGUGGCGAUUGAGGGGAGAGUGGGUACAUUGACUGACCUCGAUUCGUUGUUGACUUAUUGUUGUUCAUUGUUACUAUUUGUGAUGAUAUCUACUACUGCUAUAUUAUUUGUAUUACCAUACUGUUAUGAAAAUUUCAUUAUAUUCUUACUCUCGAGUCUCGAUUUCCCGAUCCCUUGUUUUGAUCCAAAGCAUUAAACUCAAACUGACGGAAUUUAAAGUCAUUGUAUCUAAACGAAGAAAAGGAAUUUUGGGGGAAUUUGUUGGUAUAAACCCUAUUCUGCUCCGAAUACUCAGGCAUGAACAUCUGUGAGUUUGGAAGAUAAGGUAGCGGGGGUGGGGGGUCACAUGGGGGGUACGCUUUACAGCUAGCGGUAGGUAAGGAUAUUGUUUGUCACCCACGGCCAUGUGCUUCGGGGGCAAGAAGCGGAAUAGAUGGACUGGAGAUAGCGGCUUUGACUGGAAGAGAUUCUUAAAGUCGUGAGUUUGGAAAAUUCUUCACCCCGUCAUGGAAAGUUUAUCCUUUGUGCCAUUAAUUUCGGGAGUAAUAAUAAUACUCCGUUAAAAAUAAUGAAUCUGUAUGCAAAUUACGGAGCCUGAAUUACAAAAUUUAUGGACGAUGAUCAGAUCU